AUGAAUAAUAGUUCUGGGUCAAAUGCCUUAAUUCAACAGCUUUUGAAGGCUGAAGAGGAAGCCGAGUCGAUAGUUAGAAGAGCGAAGGAAAACCGUGUAAAGCUGUUGAAUGAAGCAAUGGCAGCUGCCGACAAGGAUCUAGAGGUGUUCAGACAAAACGAACAGAAACAACUAAUGGAAGAAUACAACAAUGAGUCUGCAUUGGAAGACCCUCGCUCUUUACUGUUAGAAUUGAGAUCACAAACUUUUGUCGAUGAUUGUAACAUAAAAUUAAAGGAAUUGAAACCGAAAUUGGUUGAACAGUUGGUGAAAGCCACGUUAGAUAUUCCUAUUUAA